AUGAGCAGCACCUUCUUUGCUUGGACAUCCGGCCUUGGAUCCCGCAUAUGUGUUUUGGCUGCCAACCUGUUGCUUCUCCUCGGGAUGAGCAGCACCUUCUUUGCUUGGACAUCCGGCCUUGGAUCCCGCAUAUGUGUUUUGGCUGCCAACCUGUUGCUUCUCCUCGGGAUGAGCAGCACCUUCUUUGCUUGGACAUCCGGCCUUGGAUCCCGCAUAUGUGUGGCGACAGAGUGGGCGAGAAGCCGGGCACGGGUGACUGCGGCCACAACACUCGCCAUGAGCGUUGGAAGCCAAGCAAGAGUGCGGCGCUCGAAGCUUGCAACAGCGUGGAUCUCAUCCCGGGAGAGGGAAAACGAAAGACUGCGCAAUGAGAAGUCUGAAUUGGAGAGGGAAAACAAUAGACUGCGCAAUGAGAACAAUAGACUACGCAAUGAGAAGUCUGAAUUAGAGAGGGAAAAUAAUAGACUGCGCAAUGAGAACAAUAGACUGCGCAAUGAAAAGUCUGAAUUGGAGAUGGAAAAUAAUAGACUGCGCAAUGAGAAGUCUGAAUUGGGGAAGGAAAACAAUAGACUGCGCAAUGAGAAGUCUGAAUUGGAGAGGGAAAACAAUAGACUGCGCAAUGAGAACAAUAGACUGCGCAAUGAGAAGUCUGAAUUGGAGAGGGAAAACAAUAGACUGCGCAAUGAGAAGUCUGAAUUGGAGAGGGAAAACAAUAGACUGUGCAAUGAGAAGUCUGAAUUAGGGAGGGAAAACAAUAGACUGCGCAAUGAGAAGUCUGAAUUGGAGAGGGAAAACAAUAGACUGCGCAAUGAGAAGUCUGAAUUAGGGAGGGAAAACAAUAGACUGCGCAAUGAGAAGUCUGAAUUGGAGAGGGAAAACAAUAGACUGCGCAAUGAGAAGUCUGAAUUGGAGAGUCGGAUGCAGCGGUUGGUGCACCAAAACAACGAGCUACAGGAUCAAUUGGACAAGAGGACAAGGGAUAUGUAUGCGUCCUCAAGAAAGGCCUCCACACUAGAGCACAAGGUGCUGGAAUUGGAGCAUCAAAACACCAAAUUGUCCCGUGAGCUGGUGAAGCAACAGGAGGACACCAGGAAGGCAUGCUUGUUGUUCAUGAAUGCUGCGGAUAAGUAUGAAGAAGAAGCAAGGAAGCAACUCAGGGAAAAGGAAGAGGAAUUGGUGAACACAAGGAACGCAGGUCUGGUGAUAAUGAACACCGCCGAUGUGUACGAAGAGGCAGCAAGAAAGCAAAUUAAGGAAAAGGUGUGGGAACUAGAGGACACAAGGAAAGUGGUUCUUGUCCUCAUGGACGCUGCUGACAAAUACCAAGAAAUAGCAGACAAGCAAAUUAAAGAUAUGGAGGAGGAAUUGAAGGUCAUGGGGGCCGAGAAAGCAGAGAUGGAUGCAAGGGUAGCAUCUUUGGAGUCGAGGCUCAAGGUUGCACUUGAUAAGAAUAAAGAAUUAGAGGGUGAUUAUGAUAAAGUGAAGUUUGAAAAUGAAAGGCUUCAACUGGAGGCUCAUAGGUUCAUGAUGGAGUUGGGUGUAUUGGCAGAGGCGAAAGAUGCAGCUACAAACUCAUGUAGUACUGAGACACCAGAAAUCAUGAAGGAAUUGGAGGACCUUGAAACAAAGGAGGAGGAAACUCAAGCAAGCAAGGGAUUUGGUGAAGGGUGA